AUGGUACUAACAAAGGACGAAAAAGCUCUCCACGACCAGGUAAAUCUCCUACCUCGGCGACAACUCGUCACCGCCCUCGCCACCCUCUCCGCGGCCCUACUACUCGUCAUAAUUGAUCAAAAUGGCAUAUCAGUAAUCAUCCCCACUAUCGCGAAAGACCUAGACGCUGGGGCUACCAUCUCAUGGGCUGGCACGUCAAGCUUGAUCGCCAAUACCUGUUUUCAGAUGCUCUACGGGAGACUCUCUGAUGUUUUUGGGCGCAAGGUGAUUUUCGUAUCUGCAGCGCUGUUACUCUGCGUCGCCGAUUUGCUCUGCUCGUUGAGUCAAAAUGCCAUCAUGUUCUACACCUCUCGGGCUAUCGCCGGUAUCGGCGGCGGUGGUGUUCAGAACCUAGUCAACAUCAUCAUCUCGGAUAUCGUCACUCUCGAGCAGAGAGGAAAGAUUCAGGGAGUCGUUGGAGGCACUGUUGGGUUAGGCAAUGUGAUUGGACCCUUCAUUGCCGCUGGUAUGAUGCAAAAGUCAUCAUGGAGAGCCUUCUUCUGGCUGUUGACUCCGUUGUCUUUCAUCACCGCGGUCUUGUCCUAUUUAUAUCUCCCCUCCAAGCCGCCGACUAUUGGCUUUUGGGAAGGAAUUUCCAAAAUUGACUGGGUUGGCUCACUGGUAUCGGGCGCUGGUAUUGUACUGCUUCUGAUCCCCAUCUCCGGAGGUAAGACCCGAAAUUCCACGAAAGCUGCUGUCACUAAUGUUGAUUAUGAUCAAGGCGGUUCAUACUUCUCAUGGGACUCACCACUCUCUAUAAGCUUCCUUGCAGUUGGCGGUGCGCUUUUCAUAGCCUUUGUAGGCUGGGAAUGGAAGAUGGCAAAGCUUCCAAUGAUGCCCAUUGAUAUCUACAAGAACUCAAGCCUCGCCAUCAUGCUUGCCCAGAACUGUCUGCUCGGUGCUGUUUACCAAUCCUACCUCUACUACGUCCCGCUCUAUCUCCAGAACCCUCACCAGUACAGUGCGAUCAAAUCAGCAGCUGUUUACACCCCGUUGGUGGCAGCGCAAAUGAUUGCUUCUAUUGGUUCGGGACAAUACAUCAGUCGCCGCCUCCGGUACGGCGAGGUGAUCAUAUUCGGCUUUGCUAUAUGGACCCUAGGAGCGGGCCUUGCGCUACUCUUUACGAGAUAUAGUAGCCCUGCUGUGAUUGCUGUGAUACUAGCCAUUGUCGGAACAGGAGUGGGGUGUAUCUUUCAACCGACCUUGAUCGCACUACAGGCCCAUUCGCCCAAGAGCCGUCGCGCGGUCAUCAUUUCCAACAGGAAUUUCUAUCGUUGUAUUGGAGGUGCGUGUGGUCUUGCUGUCUCUGCAGCAGUUCUUCAAGCUCAAUUACGCGCUACUCUACCAACGGAGUACAAGAGCCUCGCCAGCUCAACAUACGUGCUACCGGAGUCGAUGCGUCAAGUUCCCGCGGUAUUGGAUGCAUACAUGUCAGCAAGUCACAGCGUGUUCAUACUGCAAGUUCCUCUAAUCGGUCUAUGCUUACUUGGCACGGCGUUUAUCCGAGAUCGAGGGCUAGACCCGGUGAAGGAUACGUAG